AUGCAAUCUAAUAUUUAAAAUUGUUAACUCACAUACAGAUUAUACUCUGGAGACUAGUAAUAAUCUUAAUAACAAUAAUAACCCAUCCUUGAAAACGAAGUUAAGUACUUCGACGCAGAAACUGGUAUUUAAGAGAAUUAAGUAGAAGAGAAUAACUAUUAAUUAUUUUUAAAUUAAAACAACUUAUAAGAAGAAAUCUAUUAUAACAAUCAAAAUGAGAUAAUUUACUAAUAGCCUCAGUAGUAAUAUUAAAUUUAAUUUGAAAAUCAAUAAAUAGUACCAAAUAUGAUAAACUCGCAUUCAUAAAAAUAAAUUAACUACUCAAACAAGCAAGAUUUGAUUAGCACUUGUGAAGAUUCAAGUUGCUAUGAUGAAACUAAAACCUAAAUUAAAAGCUGUACCUCAAUACAGAACUCUUACGAAGUUUAUUCAUAAACUUGCAUUUCUAUGUAGCAAGUUUGUACCUCUUCUGGUCAAUCUCAAAAUGCAUUUUACCCAAACAAAAAUAAAAAAGAAAACUCUGUUAAAAUUAAUAGCUUAAAUUACAUCGAGGAGAGUUUUUGUGAUAAUUAGUUAUAACAAAUCCCUCAACUCGAAUAGAUGAACUUUUCUAGCCAAACACCAACAUCUCUUUGCUCACCUUAAAGUUUCUAAUCUCAAACUCCUAUUGCUGCCUAACCUCGCAUUUAUUCAUUCAACAAUAUUAGCAAUAGCUAAAAAAACCAAAUUGGAAAUGCUUUGUCUGAUGCAGAAAGCGAAAAUCGUCGCAUCAUUUAAACAUACUAGAAAAUAAGUAAAAUAAAUAUCAACAAAAACAUAAUUAAAGCUUUUAAGAAGUUCAUGCUUGAAAAAGACAAUUCAGAUAUUCUCUCUUCAUUUGGUAUCACCCAAGACUCAAAAAAUUCAUAUAAACAAAUGAAAAUUUUCUUUGACUCACUUAACCACAAUAAUCACUCAGUGACAAAAAUAAUCGAUCAUCCAUUAUAUGGAGGUGCCUUUGAGUUUUUCUUGACUUUCUAUGCAGAAUCUUGGUUGAAAUCAAGUCGUGUCUAGGACAAGUAAGCUCAUUUUAUUGCUAUUGACUUCUUCAAGUUAUGUUGUACUGAAAACAAAGUAAAGCUUUCAAAUUUUAAGUACUACAGCAAGAGAAAAACAGAGACUAACAUUAAUAAUGGUCAUUGCUUGAUGAAUAAAAUGGAAGAGGACAACUAAAAUAAAUAAGAAUAAUUGUAGGAUAGUUAAAAUAACUAAAUAAAUUAUGAAGACUUCAAUAACCAUAUUUAUACUGAAUAAAUAUCAUGCUCAAAUCUUUGA